ACGAGGCUCGUAAUUUUAAACGGUGGAAAGCUGCCUUGUACUUUAGAGUCAUUUCUGGGUCGAGUCAGCAUCAGGAACCAUAUAAAAGAACAAUACGGUUUUUAAUGGAUCGAUUUACUUGUAACAUCGGGUGACAGUAGGAGGGUUCUGGUUUUAUUUUUUAUAAUGAGUACUCAUAUCAUCACUCCUGGCCCGUACAGGGCGACCAAACUGUGGAACGAAGUGACCAAGCUGUUCAGAGCAGGCAUGCCGCUCCGGAAACACCGGCUGCACUUUCGCGUUCACGGCAGCUGCUUCACGGCCGCCGCCGCCGUCGACUGGCUCCACGAGCUCCUCCGAAACAACAGCAACUUCGGACCGGACGUCACUAGGCAACAGACGCUCCAGCUGCUGAAGAAGUUCCUGAAGAAUCACGUGAUCGAGGACGUGAAGGGCAGGUGGGGUACUGAGGAGCUUGAGGAUGACGGUCACAUCUACAGGUUUCCCCCCUCCUCCCCGCUGAAGCCACUCCCCCGCACCCCCUCGGGGAAGAAAAACUUCUCUCUGAAGGACAAGGAGGGUUUCUUCAAGUUCCGAAGCUCAAAGAAGCUUGACAAGGAGACGCUGGAGAACGUGGACCCGUCAGAGCAGGAACAGGAAGUGAACGGGGAGGCAGGAACUGUCGAGGUCCACAGGAGGGAGCUCACAAACGACGAUGUACUGGAAGUCUGGAGAGACAUCACCCUCACACACCUGCAGAAGAUCUUGGGAGUGACGGCCCUGGAGGACGUUCUAGACCUGCGCCAUGUCAACCCUCAGAACAUUGUCUACAACAUGACCAACGUCAACAAGCACGGCGUUGUGACCCUGGAGGAUAAAACCGAUGACAUUCCUCCCUGGGUGCUGUCGGCUAUGAAGUGUCUGGCUAGCUGGCCAAAGUCUGACUCCAGCCACCCUUCCUACCCGGGCUUUGAAAGGGACGUGUUCAAGACUGUGUCUGACUACUUCAACAGCCUGCCACAACCUCUCCUCACCUUCGAGUUUUACGAGCUGUUUAUCAACGUGCUGGUGCUAAGUGGUUACCUGGUGGCUCCUAAGCCUCAGAGAGGGAAGCGUAAGAGCCAGGAGCCGGCGCCUAGCCACGCCCCCCCCGCCAAGACGCCCCACGUGGGCGUGGCCAACCUCUUCCGCUCAACGGAGUGUCUGUUGCUCAGCCUGCUCCGCAAGGAGGCGUGCGACGAGACCGACUCGCCAAUGAAAGAGGUCUUCGGUCCCAAGGUCCGAUCACGGCUGGCCGCUCUGAGAGGGGGCGUGGCCAGGCAGGCUUCCCAACAUGCUCCUCCCACUCGCAGGGUCAGUUCCAGGGCAGCCCUGUUGGGUGGCAGCUGUCUGAGCCUUGCCCAAUCAGAGAGCAGCACUGCCUCGUUGAGGCUCCGCCCCCGGAGCUGUUCCAUGGAGACCAUUUUGGAUGACUCCGCCCCCCUCUGUUCCCAGCGGGAGCUCUUCCAGUCAACCGACAUGCUGGCUUCCUGCCAUAGCAACAGUAACCAGGGCAACAACACCUCAUCCCAGACCUCUCCGGACAGUUGCCAGGGCAACGACACACCAUCCCAGAAUACUCCAGACAGUUGCCAGGGCAACGAAACACCAUCCCAGAAUACUCCAGACAGUUGCCGGGGCAACGAUGCAUCAUCCCAAAGUACUCCAGGCAGUCGCCAAAGUAGCGACUCACCAGCACAGAGCAGUCCUGACUCUCUCUCGGAAAGCCAAUCCCAGAUCUCCGUCGCCAGCGCAACCUCCUCCAACCCCUCCCACUCCAGGCACAGCCUCUCGCUGGUCCCCACGGCAACCGUCUCCAUCAGCCACAGGCCCCGCCCCCAGCGACCCAGGAGUGUGGGGAACUGUCUGGACCUGAUUGAGAGCAGGGAGAUGUCUGCAAGCUGCUUCAGCAUCCACGCCCCGGUAGCGGAGAUCACCUUGCGACCCAAACUGGCGCACGGUUACUACGGCCUGAGGGCGAGCAUCACGGACCUGCGGCCAUCCCUCAUCCUACCACCAGGGGACAGACGCUGCCUGAGCUCCCUGGACCUGACCAGACCCGGCCCAUCCAGACCUGCCCCCUUCACCCUGGGUCCCCAGCCUCUGACCAGACCCAGGACAUCCUCCCUGGGCCCCCAGCCUCUGACCAGACCCAGGACAUCCUCCCUGGGCCCCCAGCCUCUGAGCAGACCACCUUCCUCCUUGGGCCCCCAGCCUCUGACCAGACCCAGGACCUCUUCCCUAGGCCCCCAGCCUCUGACCAGACCUCCCCCCUCCUCCUUGGGCCCCCAGCCUCUGACCAGACCUGACAACAGCCUGCUGCAGCCCCAGUUGGAGCGUGUGGCGGUGGAGGCGUUGCAGCUGUGCUGCCUCCUCCUCCCCCCCGGCCAGCGCAGGAAGCUCCAGCUGCUCAUGAGGAUGAUGUCACGCAUGAGUCAGAACGUGGACAUGCCCCGCCUCCACCAGGCCAUCGGGACACGCACCCUGAUGGUGCACUCGUUCUCGGGCUGCGUGCUGAGCUGUGCGGAGGAGGUGGACCUGGACGAGCUGCUGGCCACCAGACUGGUGUCCUUCCUGCUGGACCAUCACACUGACAUCCUGUCUGUCCCCCUCUACCUGCACCACGCUGUCACCGACCACCUGCACUACCUCCGCACCGUGCAGAUCCCCUACCCGGUGGGGGCCGGUGUCCCCGGGAGCGCCGGCGGGGUCCCGGUGCCGCUGCAUGCGUUCUGCCGCCAGAUCAGCAGCCAGGAGUUUGAGGAGCAGAGACUCACCAUGUCGCAGACGGCCAUCGCUGAGCUGCUGGACCUGCUGCUGGCUGACAGCAGCCUGGCCGGGAAGGAGCGCAGGAAGAAGCUACGACAGUUCCAGAAGCAAUACCCGGACAUCUUCUCCAGGCGGUUCCCCAGCCCUGAGAGCCAGGCUCAGAUUCUGGAGGACAAGCCCAGGAUCAAGCCUCCUCUUCUCCUCACCAAGAAGAUCAGGAAGAACAUCAGGACCUAGCUAGCCUCUGUGGAGGGGGACUCCACAAGUGUGUGUGUGUGUCUGAUUUAGGUAUUGGUAAAUCAGAGGGCAGACAGUAUUGUAGAGGGAGAGGAGACCAUACACCAACCUGUCCAGACUAUAACUUUACCUCAGACUUAGCUUUACUAGGUGCUGUUGUUAUUGUUGAAUUUCCUACCUGCUAUUCCCUUCCUUCGGGAUACCAUUUUUGUGUACCUUGAGAUUGUUAGUGUUUGUCAUAUUGUCAUCCUUUUUUUUUUUUAUUUUUUUUUAUCUCAGUGUGAUUUACUUCUACAUCUUGUCUUUUUCGGGACAAGGUUAGGAUUUUAACUUUUGUUUCUUGGCGAGUAAGUGUUCUCUGCCAGUUGGGAUGAAGCAGAGUUUUGCACUAUAUCCUGUUAUUACGUUUGAAAAGUUGGCUUCCACCAGUUACCAGAGUAGUUAAUAUAUAAUAAGGUAUCCGACCAGCACGUGUGCAUCUGGGCUAGCUGCAGUACAUGAAGCUCACUGCAGAGGAAACGAAGGUCUCUCCAGUCUAGCAGAAGCCAAACCAGAAGCCAUCCAAAAUACUGUUUACUAUGCAACUUCCUGGGAAAUAAAAUCAUACAACAAAGGAUCA